AAAGACCAAAAAUUCAAUAUUGAAUUGUUUGUAAUCAUGUAAAUAAAAAUCAUUAGAAACAUUUACUAUACAAAAGCAAACAUUUAGGAAGAGUCAGAAAUUGCGAUCCUGGAGAUUAUCCCAUAGAUAUUCAGCAAGCUUUGGAAAGAUCUAUAGAGUUUUAUGAAUGCUGCUAAUGGCUAGAGAGUUUAAUGACAAGGCUGCAUUUAGUAACCAUGGUAAUGCUCAUGUUUUUCAUUAAGAAUUUGAAAUAGCUGUACAAUAUUACUAGUGAGAAAAUUUCAAACAUAAAUUUUUUUCAGAGUUUUUUAGGAUCUGCUGCAUAUUUUAAUGGAACACUAUUUAACAUUAAAGUAUGCAAGAAUCAGCUAAUUGAGUGGAUGAUUUUAGAUAAUGUGGAUGUUGUCAGCAUAUUUCUUGUAAAUCUGAAUGGAUUAUUAAGAUGUAACAAUGAGGAAACCUAAAUGUUUCAACAAUUAUUAACUCAUUGUUCUAGGUGCCAGAAGAUUAAACCAGGGUUUUACUAAGAAAAUACUAGAGAAGAUAUUAAGAAUGAAUUCAUUUCAACAAUGGAACAGUUGUUUGACAUAGGCAAAGAUAACUUAGAGUAACUGAUGAGAAGUGACAAAUUAACACCAAGAACACCAGCUGCUAUUGAAGAAGACCUAAAUUUCUAUCUAGACCAGCAAAUAGAUAGGAAGUGGUUUAUUUCUAAGCCAGAUGAAGGGCUAGCUACCAUUAUUGCGAAACCCAUAGAAAGGUAUAAGAGACAAGAACAAUUGAGAAUGAAGUACCUAGAGGAAAAACAAGCUGAAGAAAGAUGUAAAUCAGCUCCCCCACCAUUUGAUGAAAAUGAUGAAGACUUGACGCCAACUAAGAAAAGAUACAUAUCUGGUCCAGGCAGUUUGGAUAUGGAUAUGUUUGAUCCAACUUUGACAGAUCAAGAAGACUCAUUCGAAGGUAGUGAUGAUGACUUUGAAUAUGGUGCUGCUCAAGUUAAAACCCCAAAAGUCUUACCUAAAGGCUCAAUGCAAGUAAAUAAAAAGAUCACAAGAGAAGAACUGAUGGCAGUAACUACACCUAUUUGUGCUAGAGGGUUAAUCAGCAUUGAAAUACAAACCUGGCUGUUAUCAUCUGUUGUUAAUUACCUGGGAGGAGAUGUUAAUCAGAUGGGCAUUUCUAAAUCCAGUAUUUCAAGAGAAAGAACAAAAGUAAUUGAAAAUCAAGGUUAUUUCAAUCAGAGAAAAUUAAAGAGAGAUAAUGGCUGGAAAACACCUUGUUCUCCACUGUGAUGGCAAGCUGUUAAAAUAUUUAGAUGAAAAUACCUUGCAAUCUGUUGUAAGAGAUGCUGUCAGUGUUACCAGCCCUGAUUUUGAAAAUAAAAAUCUUUUACUUGGUGUUUUACCUGCAGAGUCUGACAAAGCUGUUGAUUAAACAGAAAUUAUUCACAACUUACUUGAGUCCUUUGAAAUAUGCAAUGAAAUUUUCGCAAUUGUUGCAGAUACUACAAAUGUUAAUACAGGAGCUCAUGCAGGAAUUCUAACCAGAUUGUGCUAUAUUUUGGGAAAACCUGUUCUCUGGCUGUUAUGCAGACAUCACAUGUUUGAAAUAGCAAUACAAGGGCAAUUGUAAUUGUCCUUGGAGUUACUGCUGGAGUUGCUGCUACGAUGCACCACAUCGACAGUUCUAUAAAGAUUUCAAGAAGUACUGGAAUAUAUCACGCUAUAGUUCAAAAAGUUGACCUAUCUGAGUUUAAGAAAUUUAAUGAGAAGAAGCUGGAAGUUGGAUCUGAACUUCAUAAGCUUUACCUGGAUACUCAGGAAUAUCUGAAGUUUGCUCUUAAUUACGAAGUGUUUCCAAGCGAUGAUUACAAUCAUCUAAUAAAGUAUGCUGCAUUUUAUUUAAAUGUCUCAUCACCAAAGCUGAAUGAUUUUAAAAUUCAUCAACCAGGAGUCAAUCACAAUGCUCAUUUCAUGGCUGACAGUCUUUACAAUUUAGCAUUUGUUAUGGCAUCAGGUAUAAUAGAUUUUCUGCCUAAAGAUCUGUUACCCCACCUGGAAAAGUGAGCUUUUAUAUGUGCAGUUUUUAAUGCUUCAUGGUAUUUACAUUCAUACAAAGCAGAAUAUGCUGUUAAGAAUGAUUACCUGUCAUUCAAGUCAGCUUAUGUUAUACAACAAGAGUUUGAUGUCAGAAUUGGAAAUGCAUUUCUGAAAUUUUUUCAACAAUACUCUUGGUACCUUGCCCCAAAGGUUGCUGUGUUAAUACUUGCAGAUCCAAAUUUUGAAGAGAAGCUUGCAGUUCUGGACAAGCUGUUGACCUUUGAGGUACCAGAUAUCAACACUACUCUCAAUGGUAAACCUGAUGCUGUUCUAGUUUUACCUACCUCUGAAAUAACAGAGUUGAUUACAGAGGAAAGUUGGACUGUUCAUUGUUCUAGGCAUACAGGAUGAAAGUCCUACCUGGAAAACAGAUUUAGCUGCUGGAAAGCUAGAAGAAAAUGAUUCAUAUGUAUCAUUUUGUGAGUUUGUUAAAUCUCUAAAUGUUACAAAUGACCCAGCAGAGCGGAAUAUCAAUAUAAUCCAAAGAUAUAUAAGUAGUAGUAUAAAGGAGGACAAAAGACAAGUUAUUCUGCUUGUUGUGCGAGAGCACAGGGCAUUAAUAUCAAAAGGAGCAAAACAAUUAAAACUGGCCAUAUUGUAAAAAACUAUUUAUUUCAGAAAAAAACAAUGGUUUCUCGUAUUUGUGUAAAAACCUAAAAUCAUCUUCCAGCACUAAAUAUGGUCCUAGAGAGGCAGCUUCAUUUGAAGGUAGAUAGUGGUUGUUGAAGCAGUAUGAGUUUGAUGACACUAUCCAACUUUUAUGUGAUAUGCUUCAGUCAUCGAAUUUGAUUUGACACAUAAUGCAUCUUUUGCCAUAGCAAGACUGCCUACCCUAACCAAACCCUCAGUUGAUGCAGCCGCACUCUGUUGCAAGUCACGCAAUAAGAUAGUUGAUGUAGCAGCACUUCCUUGUAACAACAGGCUAUAAGAUAGUCAAUGUAGCAACACUCCGCGCUUGUUUUACAGUAAAAAUAAAAAAUAAAAACAAAAAACAUUCAGAAUGUUUUUAAAAACAUGUUUUAUGAAUAUUAGAACAUCAAAGUAUG